GGAAUAAGUGGAAAAUAGUGAGAAAACUUCAUAAUUUUAUUUAUAUGAUUUUAUUACAUGCAUAUGAUUAAGUGAUUAUAUUUUUUCCGCGCUUCCGGUUUUAAGUGUGUUUGUUUACUUGAAUUAAAUUUAGAUCCCUAACAACCGUUUGAAUGUGCAUAUACAAUCGGUAUCGAGGUGUUGCACAAGUGACAUUUCAAUUGAUUGUUUACAAUCUAUUAAUACGGUUUUGUUUAUUAAAAUGGACGGCAUUGUGUUUAUAAAGUGGGGAUACACAUAUCUCUGGAAAAGGUGAGAGUCCCCAUACAAGACAUGUCACAUUUUGUAAUGUCGACAUUUCUCGUAAGACAAUAUAAGUAGGGGCAAAACGGUUCCGCGAUUCAGUGUAGAAUCAUUUGUGAUUUGCUAUAGUGCGGUUAUCAGUUUUCGAACUACGUGGCGAUCUAACAUCUGUCGUAAACAAAAUGUGCGGUAUUUUUGCUUAUUUGAACUACUUGACGCCUAGAUCAAGAAAGGAAGUCUUGGAAUUGCUAGUUACUGGGCUUAAAAGAUUAGAAUACAGAGGAUAUGAUUCUGCCGGUGUUGCUGUCGAUUCACCCGACAAUAAAGAUAUCACAAUUAUCAAGAAAAGUGGCAAGGUUCAGGCAUUACAGGAUGAAAUUUUGAGCAGAACAAAAGAAUUGGACUUCGAGUCCGCCACCGAUUGCCAUGUCGGUAUCGCACAUACACGUUGGGCCACUCAUGGUGUUCCCAGCGAAGUCAACUCUCAUCCACAACGUUCGGAUGCUGGACAUUCCUUCGUCGUUGUACACAAUGGCAUCGUCACAAAUUAUAAGGAGGUCAAACAAUUCCUGGAAGAGAAAGGAUAUUGCUUCGAGUCCGAUACUGAUACCGAAGUAAUCGCUAAACUUGUGGAUCACAUCUUCAAGGAACAUCCAACCUACUCUUUCAGAGAAUUAGUUGAACAAGUUAUUAUGCAGUUGGAAGGUGCCUUCGCUUUGUGCUUUAAAUCAAAACAUUUCCCUGGUGAAUGCGUGGCUACCAGGAGAGGUUCACCAUUGUUGGUCGGUAUCAAAACGAAAACUCGUUUAGCUACCGAUCAUGUUCCCAUUCUAUACGGAAAAGAUGACCAGCAAAUGAGAAAAGAUGCAGACAAAAGCAGUCUCCAAGAGCAUAGACCUCAUGGCCUAGCGCGCGGUGAUGUUCCAGUUUUGCCGAGGUCCGAGAGCACAUCCGAGUUUCAGCCACUCGAGGACAAGGAGGUCGAGUACUUCUUCGCAUCAGAUGCUUCUGCAGUCAUCGAGCACACCAACCGCGUCAUAUACUUCGAGGAUGAUGACGUCGCAGCCGUCAAAGAAGGAAAGCUGUCCAUCCAUCGUCUACGAAAAUUGGUCGACGAUCCCCAUGCUCGUGAAAUCCACACACUGAAGAUGAAAAUCCAGCAGAUUAUGAAAGGAAACUACGACUACUUCAUGCAGAAGGAAAUUUUUGAACAACCCGAAUCCGUGGUCAACACCAUGAGAGGCCGAUUGAAUUUUGUCAAUCAAACAGUCACUUUGGGAGGAAUCAAAGAAUAUAUUCCAGAAAUCAAAAGAUGCCGCAGAUUGAUGUUGAUAGGAUGCGGUACCAGUUACCACAGCGCUGUAGCCACCAGACAAUUGUUGGAAGAAUUGACUGAAUUACCGGUCAUGGUUGAAUUGGCUUCUGAUUUUUUGGAUAGAAAUACCCCUGUGUUCAGGGACGAUGUGUGCUUCUUCAUUUCGCAAUCAGGAGAGACAGCCGAUACACUUAUGGCUCUCAGAUAUUGCAAGCAGCGUGGAGCUCUUAUUGUUGGAAUAACCAAUACAGUAGGUAGUUCCAUUUGUCGUGAAUCCCAUUGUGGUGUUCACGUAAACGCUGGACCUGAAAUUGGUGUUGCUUCCACCAAAGCUUACACAUCUCAGUUUAUUUCUUUGGUCAUGUUUGCUCUGGUUAUGAGUGAAGACAGGAAAUCUUUGGAAGCUAGACGCCUUGAGAUAAUAAAAGCUCUCGAGCACAUUGAUGAAAAGAUUAGACAAGUUCUUAAACUUGACGAUAAAGUAUUGGCAUUAGCUAGAGAUUUAUACCAACAGAAGUCUUUAUUGAUCAUGGGACGAGGAUACAAUUUUGCCACAUGUAUGGAGGGAGCAUUGAAAGUGAAAGAAUUGACCUACAUGCAUAGUGAAGGUAUUAUGGCCGGUGAACUCAAACAUGGUCCUUUAGCUUUGGUAGAUGAUUCUAUGCCAGUUAUGAUGAUUAUUAUGCGUGAUCCAGUCUACAACAAAUGCAUGAACGCUAUGCAACAAGUUACAGCUAGAGAUGGAAAGCCAAUCAUUAUCUGUGAAGAAGGUGAUGCUGAGACUAUUAGCUUCUCUUCCAAAGUUUUGGAGAUUCCCAAAACAGUAGACUGUUUGCAGGGUGUCCUGACCGUGAUACCCCUUCAACUGCUAUCUUAUCACAUUGCUGUACUUCGUGGAUGCAAUGUGGACUGUCCUCGUAAUUUGGCAAAGUCUGUAACAGUCGAAUGAAGAUUUAAUUAUUUUACUUACUUUA